AUGUCUUCCUCGAGGCCUGCCCACUCUUCCAAUUCAUCCAGCAGGACUCGCCAGAGCUCCCGGGCAAGGAUAUUAGCACAAACAACCCUUGAUGCUGAACUCAAUGCAGAGUAUGAAGAAUCUGGUGAUUCCUUUGAUUACUCCAAGUUGGUUGAAGCACAGAGGAGCACUCCACCUGAGCAGCAAGGGCGAUCGGGAAAGGUCAUAGCCUACUUGCAGCAUAUUCAAAGAGGAAAGCUCAUCCAACCAUUUGGUUGCUUAUUGGCCCUUGACGAGAAGAGCUUCAGGGUCAUUGCAUUCAGUGAGAAUGCACCUGAAAUGCUCACAACGGUCAGCCAUGCUGUGCCGAACGUUGAUGAUCCCCCAAAGCUAGGAAUUGGUACAAAUGUGCGCUCCCUUUUCACUGACCCUGGUGCUACAGCACUGCAGAAGGCACUAGGAUUUGCUGAUGUUUCUUUGCUGAAUCCUAUCCUAGUUCAAUGCAAGACCUCAGGCAAGCCAUUCUAUGCCAUUGUUCAUAGGGCAACUGGUUGUCUGGUGGUAGAUUUUGAGCCUGUGAAGCCUACAGAAUUUCCUGCCACUGCUGCUGGGGCUUUGCAGUCUUACAAGCUUGCUGCCAAGGCAAUCUCCAAGAUCCAGUCACUACCAGGUGGAAGCAUGGAGGCCUUGUGCAAUACCGUGGUUAAGGAAGUCUUUGACCUUACAGGUUAUGACAGGGUUAUGGCUUACAAGUUCCAUGGAGAUGAGCAUGGGGAGGUCUUUGCUGAGAUCACCAAACCUGGUAUUGAGCCCUAUCUAGGCCUGCACUAUCCAGCCACUGAUAUCCCUCAAGCUGCCAGGUUUCUCUUCAUGAAGAACAAAGUCAGAAUGAUCUGUGAUUGCCGUGCAAGAUCCGUGAAGAUUAUUGAAGAUGAGGCACUCUCCAUUGAUAUUAGCUUGUGUGGUUCAACUCUUAGAGCACCACAUAGCUGUCACCUUCAGUAUAUGGAGAACAUGAACUCGAUUGCAUCCCUUGUCAUGGCUGUUGUGGUUAAUGAAAAUGAAGAGGAUGAUGAACCUGAGCCUGAACAACCAGCACAACAGCAGCAGAAGAAGAAACUGUGGGGUCUCAUUGUUUGCCACCAUGAGAGCCCCAGAUAUGUCCCGUUUCCACUGCGGUAUGCCUGUGAAUUCUUGGCCCAAGUGUUUGCUGUCCAUGUAAACAAGGAAUUUGAAUUGGAGAAGCAGAUACGAGAGAAAAGCAUUCUGCGAAUGCAAACAAUGCUCUCUGACAUGCUAUUCAAGGAAGCAUCUCCCUUGAGUAUCGUAUCUGGGAGUCCAAAUAUCAUGGACCUAGUUAAGUGUGAUGGUGCUGCUCUUUUGUAUGGGGACAAAGUCUGGCGGCUUCAAACGGCUCCAACUGAGUCUCAGAUAUGUAAUAUUGCCUUCUGGCUUUCAGAAGUUCAUGGGGAUUCCACUGGCUUGAGUACUGAUAGCCUCCAGGAUGCUGGAUAUCCAGGAGCUGCUUCCCUUGGUGACAUGAUUUGUGGAAUGGCAGUGGCUAAGAUCACGUCCAAGGACAUUCUUUUCUGGUUCAGGUCUCAUACAGCUGCUGAAAUCAAAUGGGGAGGUGCAAAGCAUGAUCCAUCUGAUAAGGAUGACAACAGAAGGAUGCACCCUAGGUUGUCCUUUAAGGCUUUCCUUGAUGUUGUCAAGAUGAAGAGUUUGCCAUGGAGCGACUACGAAAUGGAUGCUAUUCACUCAUUGCAACUUAUUCUUAGAGGUACACUGAAUGGUGCCUUGAAGCCGGCCCAGGCAUCUGGUUUAGAUAACCAGAUUGGUGAUCUCAAACUUGAUGGGCUUGCUGAAUUGCAAGCAGUGACAAGUGAAAUGGUUCGCCUCAUGGAAACAGCAACUGUUCCGAUCUUGGCAGUAGAUGGCAAUGGAUUGGUCAAUGGAUGGAAUCAAAAGGUAGCAGAAUUGUCAGGGUUGAGAGUUGAUGAAGCUAUAGGAAGACACAUACUUACACUUGUGGAGGAUUCUUCUGUAUCAAUUGUUCAGAGGAUGCUAUAUUUAGCUCUACAGGGCAGAGAAGAGAAGGAAGUUCGAUUUGAGUUGAAAACACAUGGCUCCAAGAGGGAUGAUGGCCCUGUUAUCUUGGUUGUAAAUGCUUGUGCCAGUCGUGACCUUCAUGACCAUGUUGUUGGGGUGUGCUUUGUAGCCCAGGAUAUGACUGUUCAUAAGUUGGUCAUGGACAAAUUUACUCGGGUUGAGGGGGACUACAAGGCAAUCAUUCACAACCCGAACCCGCUCAUUCCUCCUAUAUUUGGUGCUGACCAAUUUGGAUGGUGCUCUGAGUGGAAUGCAGCCAUGACCAAGCUUACUGGGUGGCACAGAGAUGAAGUGAUCGAUAAGAUGCUCCUUGGUGAGGUUUUUGACAGUAGCAAUGCUUCCUGCCUUUUGAAGAGCAAAGAUGCUUUUGUACGUCUUUGCAUUAUCAUCAACAGUGCAUUAGCCGGUGAAGAGGCAGAAAAGGCUCCAUUCGGUUUCUUUGACCGCAAUGGGAAAUAUAUUGAAUGCCUUCUGUCAGUGAACAGAAAAGUAAAUGCAGAUGGUGUUGUCACUGGAGUGUUCUGUUUCAUUCAUGUUCCUAGUGAUGACCUGCAGCAUGCGCUACAUGUGCAGCAAGCCUCUGAGCAGACAGCACAAAGAAGGUUGAAGGCUUUCUCGUACAUGCGACAUGCCAUCAACAAACCUCUCUCAGGUAUGCUUUAUUCUAGGGAAACACUCAAGAGCACAGGUCUGAAUGAAGAGCAGAUGAGGCAGGUCUGUGUCGCAGAUAGUUGUCAUCGCCAACUAAACAAGAUACUUGCCGACUUAGAUCAAGAUAACAUUACUGACAAGUCAAGUUGCUUGGAUUUGGAUAUGGCUGAAUUUGUGUUGCAAGAUGUGGUGGUGUCUGCUGUAAGUCAAGUACUGAUAGGUUGCCAGGGUAAAGGUAUCAGAGUCGCUUGCAACCUACCAGAGAGAUUCAUGAAGCAAAAAGUUUACGGGGAUGGUAUCCGACUCCAGCAGAUUCUCUCCGACUUCUUAUUUGUUUCGGUGAAGUUCUCUCCUGUUGGUGGCUCUGUUGAUAUCUCUUCCAAACUGACUAAGAACAGCAUUGGGGAAAACCUUCAUCUCAUAGACUUCGAACUUAGGAUCAAGCACCAAGGAGCAGGAGUCCCAGCAGAAAUAUUGUCACAAAUGUAUGAGGAGGACAAUAAAGAGCAGUCAGAGGAGGGCUUGAGCCUUCUUGUUUCUAGAAACCUUCUGAGGCUCAUGAAUGGUGACAUUCGUCACCUCAGGGAAGCUGGCAUGUCAACCUUCAUCCUCACUGCUGAACUUGCUGCUUCUCCUUCAGCAGUUGGACAAUGA